AGGAGGGACUGAGAGUGUAGAAAGGGGGACAGCUGUCAAUAAAUAAAACAUGAUAUUGCCCACCCAUUGUCAGUGGCAAUGAUAAUCUGGAGCAGAGAUAUUCUCGGUUUGGAGGAGAGGGAAAUGCCAGGUUUUAGCAGGAGGGAAGAUUUCACGGGAGGUUGUAUGAGCAACUCCACUGAGACGAGACUUUAACCAGCAGUAUAUUCAAAACUGGGAGUUGGAACACAGUCGGAGAUAAUUUCCUGGGAAUAAGACACAGUUCAUAAUUAACAGAAGAUCUUGGCUUCACAUAUUUUUUCUUCCUCUGGUUCUGGUGUCAUCCAGAGCACCCAGCCCAGAGGACAACUUUGCUCUUGGGGAGCACUUAACUGGCAGAAAUGCUACCAAGGGAAGGGAUCCUACUGCACUUCGGAUUGCUGCUCAUCUUGACUCUAAGCCACGAGGUUACAUCCAUUGAAGUCCCUCUCGAUUCAAACCUUCAGAAUCAGUUGAACCAGCCUCCAACCAUCACCAAGCAGUCGCCAAAGGAUUACAUUGUAGAUCCACGGGAUAACGUUAUGAUCGUUUGUGAAGGAAAAGGGAACCCAACCCCUGUAUUCUCAUGGACCCGCAAUGGAAAGUAUUUCAAUGUUGCCAAAGAUUCUAGAGUGUCUAUGAGAUCGCGGUCAGGAACUCUGGUCAUGGACUUCCGAUAUAGUGGCCGGGCAGAGGACUAUGAGGGCGAGUAUCAGUGCUCAGCCAGAAAUGACCACGGCACAGCGCUCUCCAACAAAAUACACCUCCAGGUUUCCAAAGCUCCCCUGUGGAGGAGGGGGAAUGUGGAGCCAUUCGUAGUUCAGGAAGGAGCAUCCGUGGUUCUUCCCUGCCAACCACCCCCAGGUCUUCCGCCUCCUGUCAUCUUCUGGAUGAACAGCAAUAUGGAUCUGAUCCCUCAGGAUACACGGGUCUCUCAGGCUCUGAAUGGGGAUCUCUACUUCUCCAACGUGAAGCGCAGUGAUGCACGUUUUGAUUACAUCUGCAAUGCCCGGUUUCCCUUCACUCAGACCAUCCAGCAGAAAAACCCCAUCACCAUCAAAGUACUGACCACUCGCCCUGUCACUGAACAGAUUCCAAAGUUCAUGGUACCAGAAGGGACAUCAAGCAGCAGAAUCAUUCUACGAGAAGAGGACCUGUUACUGGAAUGUAUUGCAUCAGGAGUGCCCACGCCAGAUAUCAUUUGGUACAAGAAAGGUGGUGAGUUGCCGUGGCCAAAAGUGCGAAUGGAAAACUUCAACAAGACGCUAAGGAUCAUGAAUGUCUCAGAGGAGAACUCGGGCGAGUAUUUCUGCCUGGCAUCCAAUAAGAUGGGGAGCAUUAGGCACACCAUCACAGUGAGAGUAAAAGCUGCUCCAUAUUGGCUGAAUGAACCCCAGAACCUGGUGCUAGCUCCUGGGGAGUAUGGCAGACUGCUGUGCCGGGCCAAUGGGAAUCCCAAGCCCAAUAUCCAGUGGAUGGUUAAUGGCGAGCCCAUAGAAAAGGUUCGUCAGAAUCUGAAUCGAGAUGUCUCUGGGGACACAAUCAUCUUCCGAGAGGCACAGAUUGGAACCAGUGCCGUGUACCAGUGCAAUGCUUCCAACGAGCACGGAUACUUACUGGCCAAUGCAUUUGUCAGCGUGCUAGAUGUAAAACCCAGAAUUCUUUCCAAACAAAACCAGAUCAUCAAGGUGAUUGAAAAUAACCGGACGCAGCUCGAGUGCAGGUUCUUUGGCUCACCAAUCCCCAUCCUGCGAUGGUUUAAGGAUGGACAGGGCAAUAAUCUUUAUGGUGGGAACUACAUCAUCCACGACAACGGCACUUUGGAGCUGCGUCGGGCUCGGAAGUCAGAUGAGGGAACCUACACUUGCAUAGCAACCAACACAUUGGGAAAGGCAGAGAACAGGCUGCGGCUGGAAGUCAAAGAACCAACAAGGAUUAUAAAGGCCCCAGAAUCCAUUGCAGUUAAGAGAUCACAUGCUGCCAGAUUUGACUGUAAAGUGAGGCACGAUCCAACGUUGCGACUGAAGGUAACCUGGCUGAAAGACGACAAAGUUCUCUCCUUACCAUGGAGGGCAAAGGAAGAUGAGGACUCUUUAACGAUCAUCAAUGUGUCUGAGCGAGAUGAAGGAACCUACACCUGUGUAGCCCGCACAGACCUGGACAGAGAUUCAGCCAAGGCACGUCUCACUGUUCUAGUUGUUCCCUCCACCCAAAUUACCCCGCUUGCUGCUGUACUAAAAGACCGCCCUGCACCCCCUCGAGAUCUGGAAUUAACGGACCCAGAAGACCGCAGUAUAAGAUUGACCUGGAUUCCCGGUGAUGAAAACAACAGCCCAAUCACAGAAUUCAUUGUGCAGUAUGAAGAAAAUAGGUAUGAGCCCCGGAAGUGGCAUAAUCUAACCAGAAUCCCAGGCAAUAUCAACUCGGCAGUGCUGCAGCUCGCACCGUACAUGAACUAUCAGUUCCGGGUUAUCGCUGUGAACGAAGUUGGCGAAGGCGCCCCCAGCUUGCCCUCUGAACGUUACCAGACGACUGGAGCAGCUCCUGAGAUGAAUCCCAUUGAUGUUAGAGGAGCAGGAAUAACGGAAUCCAGCAUGCAGAUCAGGUGGACGCCUCUGAGUGGCACCCAGGUCAGUGGUCCCAAUAUCAGAUACGUAGUCAGCUGGAGACAACGGGGCGUGCGUGGAGAGUGGUCAACGGUCACAGUGACCAGGCCCAGUUACAUUGUCUCUCCAACACCCCUCUUUACGCCCUAUGAGAUUAAAGUCCAGGCGGUGAAUGAUUUCGGGCCAGGUCCAGAGCCAAACAUCAUAAUCGGGUACUCAGGUGAAGAAUAUCCUAAUGCGGCACCAACUAGCCUCUCUGGGAGGUAUGUUAACAGCACUGCCAUUCUAUUGCAAUGGAGGGGACUGCCUCAAGAAAAUAUCCGAGGAUACCUUAUAGGCUACAGGAUUCAGUACUGGAACGAGGGAAGUCUGCUAAAGUCCACCCGAUACCGGUCACGCGUGGAGGUUAUGGACUCGGCCGGGCAGCGCCCGCGUGCCGUUGUCUCGGGACUGCAGCCGUACAGUAUGUACAAGCUGCAAGUGGCAGCAGUCAACGGCAGAGGCGCUGGUCCUUGGAGUGAGGUGUUUGCGAUUAACACCACCGAAGGAGUGCCUGGGAAGCCACAUUCCCUCAGGAUCCGGCAACCGGAUUUGGAAACCAUUACGUUGCAAUGGACUCACCCACGGGAUCCAAAUGGGAUUAUCACGGGCUACACAAUAAACUACCACCCCUUAACUGGCUCCCGGGCAAGGCGCAAUUCCACAAUUCCCAGACUUCCGCCUGACGUGACUAGUUACAAGCUGGAACGGGUUGAUGCGAAUACCAGGUACAGGUUUUACGUCUUCGCUCACACCAGUCAAGGUAAAGGAGAGGCAAUUGUGCUGGACUCGCCCCUCUUUGAAAAUGAAGUCACCCCUACCGCUGAGAUUGCUAUAACAGAAGGAGUCAUCUCAGGAUUUAUCCCCAUGCCAACCAUUCCAGCUGAAACCAGCAUCACAACCGAAGCCACUAGCACCACCAGCGUCGCACCCCCAACCACCGCUGUCACCGAAUUCGUUCCGCCAGCCGUCACAGGCACUCACAUAUAUGAGGAAGCUCCUGGUAGAAUUUGGAACCUCACUACAUCAGCAGGCAAUGACUAUGUCAAUGUCACGUGGAAUCACGAUUUCCCGAGCGAAAUGGCCGAGUUUAUGGUUGAAUACAUUCACAGUAAGCACUGCUCUAUGCUCUGUACACAUGCGGCCAGUGAUCUGGAUGGGACAGGAGUGCAAUGCUAGCAAUCGCCGUUCUGCAUCCCAGUCUGGCCCUGGGUGGAGGUG